AAGGACAGACUACAUUUCCCAGCCUCCCCAGCGGCUCACGUAGCGCUCCGCGGAGGCUGGGCCUGUGUCGCUCUCCCCUGGCGGUAGCGGCGGUUAACGGCGUGGAGGGGGUGCGAAGCGGGAGCUAUGGCCGAGAGCGGAGGCUCCGCGGCGAGUCCCCGCCUCGCGGCUCCUCCCGACUCCCCGCCGCAGGGACCAAGGCGGCCGGGCUCCCUCUCGGCUCCCGGCGGCGGCGGCGGCAGCCAGUCUCCGGAGCGGAGCACUGCGGCUGCCCCCGGGCCGGCGCAGGGCGCGGCGCCGCCGUCGCUGCUGCCGCUGCCGCCGCCGCUGCCGCGGCUGGAGAAGCCCAUCAAGCAGGCCUUCUACAACACCGGGGCGCUGCUCUUCGCCGGGCUGUGCUGCGGCGCCGCCGUGCUGGUCUACUUCAUCCUGGAGGCCUUCCUGCGGCCGCUGCUCUGGGCCGUGCUCUGCGGCACCUUCCUGCACCCCUUCAAGAGCUCGCUCACCGCGCUGGGCCGCCGCUGGCUCGGCCGCCUGCACCGCUCCCGCACCCCGGUGCUGCUGGCCGCCCUGCUGCUGCCCAUUUGCUUCGCCAACUACGGCGCCGAGGCGCUGGGCGAGCAGGUGCUGCGCAGGCGGCGCCUCCUGCUGCUGCUGGGCGCUGGCGGCCCCCUGCUCUACGGGCUCUAUUGCCUCGGCAGCUCCCUGGGAGUCCAGGUGCUGCUGGCCCAGACCGGACUCCUGAUCUGCCAGGGGCUCGACUUCUUCAGCAGCCUGUGGAUAUGGACGUUGGUUGUCGGUUAUCUGUUGACCAUUUCAUUCAAGUGGAAUGCAAGCACUGAGCGUUACUUAAGAGCAAUCUCCAUUCCUGUCUGGAUAAUACUGCUCUUCCACUUAGCAUCUGUCGCUGGCUCCUGGAGGAUUCCAGUAUUUGUGGUUAUAGUUUUUCUGAUGACUGUGGGCAUGUUGCAUGAGCAACGGAGCGGAAAGGAGUCUUCUGGGACAGAACUUCCUGGUCAAAUGAUUUCCAUUGCUGCUUCUACAAUUGCCAUGGCAAUAUCCGUCACAGGAUAUGAGUCAAGUAAUGAGCAACAUUCACCACAAUCCUCAGAAACAGCAGAAAGUGGGCAACUCUCUCAAGACUCAUCCUCUUCGUUUUCCUCCUCUUCGUCCUCUUCCGGUGGCAGACACAAGCCUGAGAUUGGCUCUUUUCUUAGAAAGAAGAAAACCAGUGAUAUCUACUUCGUUACACUUGUAUGGGCCAUUGUCGUAGUUCAAAUCUGGCUGAACCUCUGGAUUGUGCAGUUAUUGCCAGUGCCUGUUGCAGUUUGGGUUCUUAAAAAACUUGUGGUCCACUUUGGAGUUGUAAACUUCAUGGCGAAACGUUGUAGUAGUUGGUGGCAUGUUCUGGAAAACUUUGUGAAGGAGCGGCAGGAGGCUCUUGCUCCACGGCCAAUCAGAGGACUUGGAAGGGUCAUGCUAAAACUUGACAGUAAGCUGUGGCACUGGCUUAAUAAGAAGAUGAUCGUGUGGUUGGAGAAAAUGCUUGAUAAAAUAAUUAGCAUUUUCAUAAUAUUUUUGCUAGUGAUAGGAACGCUUCUGCUAGCCCUGCUCCUUACGGCAAAGGUACAUCAAGAGAGCGUUCACUUGAUUCAAGUCACAAGCAGCUUGAUCAAUGAGACUGUAGCCAAUCACCCAGAGUGGGCAAAUUGGCUCCCUGAAGCUCAGGUCAUUCAAAAAGCCCUCAAUUCAGCUGCUAACAAUGUGUAUCAGUAUGGCCGAGAAUGGAUUACACACAAGCUCCAUAAGAUAUUAGGAGAGAAAGUGAACAACACUGCUGUGAUUGAAAAGCAAGUGCUGGAACUCUGGGACAGACUUUAUCAUUCUUGGUUUGUGAAGAAUGUAACACAUCCUGGAAGACACAAAGGACACAAGCUGCAUAUAAAUCGUCAGAACAGCUGGCUGGGUGACAUUCUGGACUGGCAGGAUAUUGCUUCAUUUGUUCAUGAGAACAUUGAGACAUUUCUUUCAAUUCUGGAGUCCUUGUGGAUAGUGAUGAGUCGUAAUGUGAGCCUACUCUUCACCACAGUAACAACAUUAGUGACAAUCCUCUUCUAUAGUGGGACAGCCCUUCUCAAUUUUGUGCUCUCACUGGUGAUUUUCCUGACCACACUGUUUUAUUUGUUAAGUUCCAGUGAUGAGUACUACAAACCAGUGAAGUGGGUGAUUAGCUUGACACCUUUGUCGCAGCCAGGCCCAUCCUCAAAUAUAGUUGGCCAGUCUGUGGAAGAGGCCAUAAGAGGUGUGUUCGAUGCUUCUCUCAAAAUGGCUGGGUUCUAUGGACUGUACACCUGGCUCACUCACACCAUUUUUGGAAUUAAUAUUGUUUUCAUACCAUCAGCAUUGGCAGCAAUCCUUGGAGCUGUUCCAUUUCUGGGAACCUACUGGGCAGCUAUACCUGCAAUUCUAGAUCUGUGGCUCACCCAAGGAGAAGGAUGCAAAGCCAUUUUGCUCUUGGUUUUUCACCUGUUGCCAACGUACUUUGUAGACACAGCAAUCUACUCAGAUAUAUCAGGAGGUGGCCAUCCCUACCUGACAGGCCUCGCAGUAGCUGGUGGAGCAUAUUACCUAGGAUUGGAAGGAGCGAUCAUAGGACCCAUACUGCUUUGUAUACUGGUGGUUGCCUCUAACAUAUACAGUGCCAUGUUAGUGAGUCCAACAAAUUCAGUUCCGACCCCAUCACAAACACCAUGGUCUCUGCAGAUAUACCAACCAUCUAGAGGGAGUCCUGAGGAGAUGAAAAUGGUCACAGAGUGAGAUUUACACCAUCUUGCACCUGAUCAGCAUGAAGUUGUCACUCUCUUCGACCUGGAUUGAGUUCAGAACAGUCAUGGCCUUCUGUCCCUCUUCCAGCUGUACCUAGUGAUAGCUCACAGUGAAGCACAGUUUAAAAUAAACCCUCACGUCUGCUGGCCUUACGUUAUUAAGCACUUUGCCUUUGCAAGAUAGACUGUCUGCUUCCCACUUUGCAUAUUAACACACAGACUUAAAGUUCAGAUGCCUUGUGUGUAGAUUUUUUUUUUCUUCAUAGAAAGAUCUUAAGAAGGACAAGUAAUAUCCAUUGAGUCAAGGAUGCCAUCUGCUGAAAUGACUAACUUGGCUUUUAUUCCUUUGGAUGUUUGCAUUAUUAGACUUUUAGUAAUUUUAAACAAGUUAAACCCCAAGUCUUUCGUUGCUGAAAUCUUUAGUUGAUCUAAGGGAGUAUUUACUUGUAGAGAUGCUAAAACUUUUAAAGGUGUGAAGCACCUGCUAUUAAAAGAAAAUGUAGUAUAAUCUACUGCUUCUCAAAGUAUUUCUUUUGAGAGGCAUGACAGUCACCAUUCAACUAAUAACAAUUGAAGCUUAUUUAUGUAUACACUAAUAGUGUUUAUGCUGUCAGGGAGCAAUGCUUCCACUUGCAGAUUGUGUUAAGUAUAGGUUAUCCUCACGUGGAAUAGGAGUAUUUGUAAAAACAGUUUAAUCCUUGAGUUCACUUCUGCAGUUAAAUUUAGUAUUCUGUUGUUUUGGUUUAUUGAUAAAGCUUAAUUUAAUACCAGGGUCUCAGUAAGAUGAUGUACCCAAAGUCCCAAUGGAUUCCUGCCAAAUUUAACCAAAGAACUUAAAUAUUUCCAGGCAGAAGUAAUAUUGGAUUACCAUAUCUAAUUACAGAAUUUGGAAGAUGCUGAAUGAUUGUGUUCACACCAUUUUUUUUUUUUAUUAUUUAUUGAGAAGUAAUCAUCAAGAAGGUGAAAGAUGGUGGGGGGACGGGGAAAGUGCAAGACGAGCAGAGAUCUUAAAUUCCUAAAAUGCGUUCGUGUCCUGGGCACCAAAUUGAAGUACAACUAGAGCUCUUGCCGCCCCCUCUCCCCUCAACAGUAGUUGGCCUUAAAUUGCAGGUUUAGUGGCACUGAAGGCUUUUCAUACCUUGGUUAUUGAUGCACGUUUGAAAUAGUGGUUUUAGAACAAAAAAAGUAGUUAAAUUAUUUUUGUACAAGUUCUUAGACUCAAAAGAAAGAUACAGCAAAAAAAAUUUAUCCCAAAUACUUGGUCAAAGAAUACACUCAGAUCAUCAAGCCCCAGGUACAAUACAAAUAAGCUGCUAUGUAGGUGUUGUGGCUUUCUUUUUUUUCUUAAUACCAGAGCAAAACCAUUCCAUUCCUGAUUGACUCUACCUUGAAUUUAUGGCAGGAUUUCUUCUUUUUUGAUUUAUACAAAAUACAGGCCAUAUCAUGCUCUUCAUUUGUCCUUGCAUUAUAAAACAGCUAUAGUACAAAUCUGUCGAUAACAUAGUCCCAGGGAUCUGGUUCAACCUAAGUGAGAGAGGUUGUUAUAGAUCACUACUAUUUUUUUGACGUGACCAUACAUGUGUUUAUAGAUGAUAUUUUAAGACUGGAUCUGUUGUGUGCCCUAUGUACUGCAAAGUUUUGAGAUCAGUUCAGCGUGCUGCAAUGCAUGGGCCCAAUAUGUGUAGUUAUGGAUGGAGUAAUUGCCCUAACUUUGAAUUUCCUUGCUCUUGUGGAACAAAGUUAGACCCUUUACAUUAUUCAAUAUCAUUUUGUUUCAUAAAUGACAAUUAUGGAAAAAGUCAGGAUCUCACUGAGUAUCAAUAUUCCUGUAGUAUACAGACCAGUAUAUGAAUGAUAGACUAUUAUUGCUCUUGGGAAAUUGCUACAUUCUGUUCUAUUAGUUUAUUCUACUAUGCUGAACAGCUUUACGAAUCUGUUUCGAUUAAUCAGGUCAUUGUGUACCUAGGCAGCUUUUGAAAAGAAAGGGCUGUCACUUGAGAGAAAAAUGCUUAAAAUGUAUACAACUAACAAGAAUCCAUAAGCUUUAAUAUUUUUAUACUUUUCUCUUGGUGCUUUUUGCUCACUAUUAAAGAUUAUGUUAAGUGUUUUCUACAUUAGAUAGCAUGUUAACAUCUAACCUGAUCUUUCAUAACCCUGUGUUACUGAAUUUGUGAUGUCAGUCAUUUCCAUGCUGCCAGAUAGUGAUGUCAUAAACAAAGGCUGAUUUUUUUUAACUAUAAUCACAGAGAAGAAUCUCUGAUAUGAGAGGAGAGUUCUUUUUCAAACAAGUAUCUUCAAUAAUAGCAAAAAAAAAUAAUAAACUGAGAAGAGAUGGUGUUGCUAUUUUGAAAUGUUCCUUUCCCAAUAUGAAAAAAAUCAGUGUGUAUAGCAUUGAUAUGAUACGCAUUGUCUAUUUGUUUUUAUGUAUGUGGGGUUUUUUUUAAAAUGAAUACUUGAGCCUCCAGUCUUCAACUUCAGCUAAUGUUUACCAUUAAUAACACAAUAAUAAAGCUGUAAAUUCAUGGUAAACCUAGAUUUAAGACCCAUAUUUUGUAUCAUGUCUGUAUCUGAGGAACAAAGACUUUGUCCCAUGUCCCUUUGAGGCAUGAGGCUCAAUAUAGUAAUGGGUGAACUCUGUUUUUAAAAUUACCAUGCCAAAAUACUUAAUCACCCACAUGCUUACUCAAUAAAUGUAAAAAAUCAGAAUCUUUACAUAUAGAUGCCUUAUGGAAAAGUAUAUGUUUUUAACAUCAUAUCUGUUAGUGCUCAAAAAAAUAAAUUGUCACUAGGAACUAAUGACCUGCACUUUUUCAUUUUUAACAUCCAUUUUCAUUUGUGGAAACAUACAUCUGAAAUGUUUGGGUUUUUUUGUUUUAUUUUUUUUAAAUCAACUUUCCAGCAUCUUAAAAAUUACCAAAUUAAUUUUAUCCAUGUUCUUUUAAAAAAAAAGGGGGGGGGAAUUAAAAACCAUUUUGAAUAUGAUACUUUGUAUGAAAAAACAUUUUUGAAUAAUUUUAAGCCAGUUAUAGAUCCCAGGAAAAAUGAUUUCUAGACCGUUCUUUGUGCAGUAGCAUUCUGAAUAGGGCUCUCCCUCUACUUCAUAUUUAUAGCUUCUAGCACGAUGAGGCUUGAUUUAGUCUGGAUCUUCUUGGCAUUACCAUAAUAAAGUGUUUCUAGAAUAAUAGUCAUAUUAAACACUGUGUGUACAAGUAGAAAAUUUUAAUGAGUUGUUAAAGGAAUGCUUAUAUUCUUAUUGGUUGUCAUGAGAUGGUGCUCAGCAGUGGAAUAAUGAUGACAAUAUAAGAUGUGUCAGCUGUGAUGCUGUCAUGUUUUUCUAGCACAUUAGGUUUAUCCCAAGUACAAAAUUAUCAAUAGCUCUAUGGUACUAAUGGUUUUUAGCAUACAUUUCAGUAAUUUAUUUCCUCCUUUUUAUUAAAUUGGAGGGUAUAGGCAUAUGAAUUUUAGUUAGUGAUUAUUGGAUUAGGAAACGAGUAAUAUCUUACAAAACUGCAGACUGCAAUAAAAAAAAAUUUAGAAAAUUUAACUGCUGUCUCCAGUGUUAGCAUUCAGUAUGUUUAUCUUAAUUUCCAAAAAAAAAAAAAGUUAAUACGGCAAAAAUGUUAAAUCUAUUAAAAAGACUGAGGCUAAAUUCAACAUUAACACCUUUGUAAAAGUGUUAAAGAAAAUUUGGUCCACAGUUAGGGUUAAACUCCUUAUCUU